UCCUGCUCCUUCCUCACUGCAGGUACGCGAGGGCCGGGCUGGGUGGGAGGGCGGCGGGGCGAACAGACGCGGGCACGUCUUCUUCGUGACCCCCGGCCGCGCCGCGCCUCCUCCCACUCCCGAGGUACCCCCACCUCCCCGCCAGUACCCGCCUCCCGGGCGCCCGGAUCGUCGCGAUCGCCGGGCUCCGAGGUGGCACUGCGCCCCUCUCUGCCACCGUCCUCUGCCCCCAGCCUGGCCGCUUGUCCACAGGCGUCCUCGUCACCUCGGAGGGGCCCCCCGGAGGGCCAAAGCCAUGAACGAAAUGUCCAGUUUUCUUCACAUCGGGGACAUAGUGUCCCUGUACGCCGAGGGCUCCGUCAAUGGCUUCAUCAGCACUUUGGGGCUGGUGGAUGACCGCUGUGUGGUAGAGCCUGCAGCCGGGGGCUUGGACAAUCCCCCCAAGAAGUUCCGAGAUUGCCUCUUCAAGGUGUGCCCCAUGAACCGCUACUCAGCACAGAAGCAGUACUGGAAGGCUAAGCAGACGAAGCAGGACAAAGAGAAGAUCGCUGACGUGGUGUUGCUACAGAAGCUGCAGCAUGCGGCCCAGAUGGAGCAGAAACAAAAUGACACGGAGAACAAGAAGGUGCAUGGCGACGUGGUGAAGUAUGGCAGCGUGAUCCAGCUUCUGCACAUGAAGAGUAACAAAUACUUGACGGUGAACAAGCGGCUUCCAGCCUUGCUGGAGAAAAAUGCCAUGCGGGUGACGCUGGAUGCCACAGGCAACGAGGGCUCCUGGCUUUUCAUCCAGCCCUUCUGGAAGCUGCGGAGCAAUGGGGACAAUGUGGUCGUUGGGGACAAGGUGAUUCUGAAUCCUGUCAAUGCAGGGCAGCCUCUGCAUGCUAGCAGUUACGAGCUCAGUGACAAUCCCGGCUGCAAGGAGGUCAACUCUGUGAAUUGCAACACCAGCUGGAAGAUCAACCUGUUCAUGCAAUUCCGGGAUCACCUUGAGGAGGUGUUGAAGGGGGGAGAUGUGGUGCGGCUCUUCCACGCAGAACAGGAGAAGUUCCUGACUUGUGAUGAGUACAAGGGCAAACUGCAGGUCUUCCUGCGCACCACACUGCGCCAGUCGGCCACCUCAGCCACCAGCUCCAACGCACUCUGGGAGGUGGAGGUGGUCCACCAUGAUCCUUGCCGAGGAGGAGCUGGCCACUGGAAUGGUCUAUACCGCUUUAAGCACCUGGCCACAGGCAACUAUCUGGCUGCUGAGGAAAACCCAAGCUACAAAGGUGAUGUUGCAGACCCCAAGGCAGCAGGAUUGGGGGCCCAGAGUCGUGUAGGCCGCAGGAACGCAGGGGACAAGAUCAAGUACCGUCUCGUGGCCGUGCCCCAUGGCAAUGACAUUGCCUCUCUCUUUGAGCUGGACCCCACAACACUGCAGAAAACCGACUCCUUUGUGCCCCGGAACUCGUAUGUGCGGCUGCGGCACCUCUGUACCAACACCUGGAUCCAGAGCACUAAUGUGCCUAUUGACGUAGAAGAGGAGCGGCCUAUCCGGCUUAUGCUGGGCACCUGCCCCACCAAGGAAGACAAGGAGGCCUUUGCCAUUGUGUCGGUGCCUGUGUCUGAGAUCCGAGAUCUGGACUUUGCCAAUGAUGCAAGCACUAUGCUGGCCAGCACUGUGGAGAAGCUCAAUGAGGGUUUCAUCAGCCAGAAUGACCGCAGGUUUGUCAUCCAGCUGCUGGAGGACCUGGUGUUUUUUGUCAGUGAUGUUACCAACAACGGGCAGAACGUUCUGGACAUCAUGGUCUCCAAGCCCAACCGGGAGCGACAGAAGCUGAUGCGGGAGCAGAACAUCCUCAAGCAGAUUUUUGGCAUCCUGAAGGCUCCAUUCCGUGACAAGGGGGGCGAGGGCCCGCUGGUGCGGCUGGAGGAGCUGUCGGACCAGAAAAAUGCCCCCUACCAGCACAUGUUCCGCCUGUGCUACCGUGUGCUACGGCACUCGCAGGACGAUUACCGUAAGAACCAGGAGCACAUCGCUAAGCAGUUUGGGAUGAUGCAAUCUCAGAUUGGUUACGACAUCCUGGCUGAGGACACCAUCACUGCCCUGCUUCACAAUAACCGCAAGCUGCUGGAGAAGCACAUUACCAAGACAGAGGUGGAGACCUUCGUCAGCCUCGUGCGCAAGAACCGAGAGCCCAGGUUCCUGGACUACCUCUCUGACCUGUGUGUAUCCAAUCACAUUGCCAUCCCUGUCACCCAGGAGCUCAUUUGCAAGUGUGUGCUGGACCCCAAGAACAGCGACAUUCUCAUCCAGACUGAGCUGCGGCCAGUGAAGGAGAUGGCCCAGUCUCACGAGUACCUCAGCAUCGAAUACUCAGAAGAGGAAGUGUGGCUCACGUGGACUGACAGAAAUAACGAACAUCAUGAGAAGAGCGUGAGGCAGCUGGCCCAGGAGGCGCGGGCAGGCAAUGCCCAUGAUGAGAAUGUGCUCAGCUACUACAGAUACCAGCUGAAGCUAUUUGCCCGCAUGUGUCUGGACCGCCAGUACCUGGCCAUUGACGAGAUCUCCCAGCAGCUGGGUGUGGACCUGCUUUUCCUGUGCAUGGCUGAUGAGAUGCUGCCCUUCGACCUCCGGGCCUCCUUCUGCCACCUGAUGCUGCAUGUGCACGUUGACCGCGACCCCCAGGAGCUGGUGACACCCGUCAAGUUCGCCCGUCUCUGGACAGAGAUCCCCACCGCCAUCACCAUCAAGGACUAUGAUUCCAACCUCAACGCCUCCCGAGAUGACAAGAAGAAUAAGUUUGCGAGCACCAUGGAGUUCGUGGAGGAUUACCUCAACAACGUGGUCAGCGAGGCGGUGCCCUUUGCCAAUGAGGAGAAGAACAAGCUCACCUUUGAGGUGGUCAGCCUGGCGCACAAUCUCAUCUACUUCGGCUUCUACAGCUUCAGCGAGCUGCUGCGGCUCACUCGCACGCUGCUGGGCAUCAUCGACUGCGUGCAGGCGCCCCCGGCCAUGCUGCAGGCUUAUGAGGAGUCUGGUGGCAAGAACGUGCGGCGGUCCAUCCAGGGUGUGGGCCACAUGAUGUCCACCAUGGUGCUGAGCCGCAAGCAGUCUGUCUUUGGUGCGCCCAGCCUGCCUGCUGGCGCGGGUGCCCCUGAGCCGCUGGACAGGAGCAAGUUCGAGGAUAAUGAAGACAUAGUGGUGAUGGAGACCAAACUGAAGAUCCUGGAGAUCCUGCAGUUCAUCCUCAACGUGCGCCUGGACUAUCGCAUCUCCUACCUGCUGUCGGUCUUCAAGAAGGAGUUUGUGGAGGUGUUCCCCAUGCAGGACAGUGGGGCAGACGGCACAGCUCCUGCCUUCGACUCUACCACUGCCAAUAUGAAUCUGGACCGCAUUGGAGAGCAAGCAGAGGCCAUGUUUGGAGUGGGGAAGACCAGCAGCAUGCUGGAGGUGGAUGACGAGGGCGGCCGCAUGUUCCUGCGUGUGCUGCUGCACCUGACCAUGCACGACUACCCGCCACUCGUCUCUGGAGCCCUGCAGCUUCUCUUCAAGCACUUUAGCCAGCGCCAAGAGGCCAUGCACACCUUCAAGCAGGUCCAGCUGCUGAUCUCGGCCCAGGACGUAGAGAACUACAAGGUGAUCAAGUCGGAACUAGACCGGCUGAGGACGAUGGUGGAGAAGUCGGAGCUCUGGGUGGACAAGAAGGGCAGCAGCAAGGGCGAGGAGGGGGAGGGGGGCACUGCCAAGGAGAAGAAGGAGCGGCCCUCGGAUGAGGAGGGAUUUCUGCCGUCACCUGGGGAGAAGAGCAGUGAGAACUAUCAGAUUGUCAAGGGCAUCCUGGAGCGGUUGAACAAGAUGUGUGGGGUCGGAGAGCAGAUGAGGAAGAAGCAACAGAGGCUUUUGAAGAACAUGGAUGCCCAUAAAGUCAUGCUGGACCUGCUCCAGAUCCCCUAUGACAAGGGUGACAGCAAGAUGCUGGAGAUUCUCCGCUACACACACCAUUUCCUGCAGAAGUUUUGCACCGGGAACCCUGGCAACCAGGCCCUGCUGCACAAGCACCUGCAGCUCUUCCUCACGCCUGGGCUCCUGGAGGCAGACACCAUGCAGCACAUCUUCUUCAACAACUACCAGCUGUGCUCCGAGAUCAGCGAGCCAGUGCUGCAGCACUUCGUGCACCUGCUGGCCACCCACGGGCGCCACGUGCAGUACCUGGAUUUCCUGCACACUGUCAUCAAGGCCGAGGGCAAGUAUGUGAAGAAGUGCCAGGACAUGAUCAUGACUGAGCUGACCAAUGCAGGUGAUGACGUGGUAGUGUUCUACAAUGACAAAGCCUCGCUAGCCCACCUCCUAGAAAUGAUGAAGGCGGCCCGAGAUGGUGUGGAGGAUCACAGCCCCCUCAUGUACCACAUCUCCCUGGUGGACUUGUUGGCCGCCUGUGCAGAGGGCAAGAAUGUGUACACAGAGAUCAAGUGUACCUCCCUGCUGCCGCUGGAGGAUGUGGUGUCGGUGGUGACGCACGAGGACUGUAUCACGGAGGUGAAAAUGGCCUAUGUGAACUUUGUGAACCACUGCUACGUGGACACAGAGGUGGAGAUGAAAGAGAUCUACACCAGCAACCACAUCUGGACGCUCUUUGAGAACUUCACCUUGGACAUGGCUCUUGUCUGUAACAAGCGGGAGAAGCGCCUGUCGGACCCCACCCUGGAGAAGUAUGUGCUCACCGUGGUGCUGGACACCAUCAGCGCCUUCUUCAGCUCCCCGUUCUCAGAGAACAGCACCUCACUGCAGACGCACCAGACAAUUGUAGUCCAGCUGUUGCAGUCCACCACAAGGCUGCUUGAGUGUUCCUGGCUUCAGCAGCAACACAAGGGGUCUGUGGAGGCCUGUGUCCGCACCCUUGCCAUGGUGGCCAAGAGCCGGGCCAUCUUGCUGCCCAUGGACCUGGAUGCCCACAUCAGCGCCCUGCUCAGUAGUGGGGCCAGCAGUGUAACCACUGCCCAGCGCAAUGCUGCCAACUACAAGACAGCCACGAGGACCUUCCCCCGAGUCAUCCCCACCGCCAAUCAGUGGGACUACAAGAACAUCAUUGAGAAGCUGCAGGACAUCAUCACGGCCCUGGAGGAGCGGCUGAAGCCCCUGGUGCAGGCUGAGCUGUCAGUGCUGGUGGAUGUGCUGCACUGGCCUGAGCUGCUCUUCCUGGAGGGCAGUGAGGCUUACCAGCGCUGUGAGAGUGGGGGCUUCCUGUCCAAGCUGAUCCGGCACACCAAGGGCCUCAUGGAGUCGGAGGAGAAACUGUGCGUGAAGGUGCUGCGGAUGCUGCAGCAGAUGCUGCUGAAGAAGAGCAAGUACGGGGACCGGGGCAACCAGCUGAGGAAGAUGCUGCUGCAAAACUACCUGCAGAACCGCAAGUCCAGCUCCUGGGGAGAGCUUCCAGACCCCACAGGCUCCGGCCAGGACCAGGACUGGUCAGCCAUUGCAGCCACCCAGUGCCGGCUGGACAAGGAGGGGGCCACCAAGCUGGUAUGCGACCUCAUCACUAGCACAAAGAACGAGAAGAUCUUCCAGGAGAGCAUUGGCUUGGCCAUCCGUCUGCUGGACGGGGGCAACACCGAGAUCCAGAAAUCCUUCUACAACCUGAUGAUGAGCGACAAGAAAUCUGAGCGCUUCUUCAAGGUGCUGCACGACCGCAUGAAGCAAGCUCAGCAGGAGACCAAGUCCACUGUGGCCGUUAACAUGAGUGACCUGAGCAGUCCACCACAUGAGGACCGUGAGCCACCAGACCCCACAACCAAAGGCCGUGUGGCCUCCUUCUCCAUGCCCAGCUCCUCCUCCCGCUAUUCGCUGGGCCCCAGCCUGCACCGGGGGCAUGAGGUGGGUGAGCGCGUGCAGAACGAGAUGGGCACCUCCGUGCUAGUGAUGCGGCCCAUCCUGCGAUUCCUGCAGCUGCUGUGUGAGAAUCACAACCGUGACCUACAGAACUUCCUGCGCUGUCAGAACAACAAGACCAACUACAACCUGGUGUGUGAGACGCUGCAGUUCCUGGACAUCAUGUGUGGCAGCACCACGGGGGGCCUGGGGCUGCUGGGGUUGUACAUCAACGAGGACAACGUGGGCCUCGUCAUCCAGACUCUGGAGACUCUCACCGAGUACUGCCAAGGCCCGUGUCAUGAGAACCAGACCUGCAUUGUGACUCACGAGUCCAAUGGCAUUGACAUCAUCACUGCACUGAUUCUCAACGACAUCAGCCCACUGUGCAAGUACCGCAUGGAUUUGGUGCUGCAGCUCAAGGACAACGCCUCCAAGCUGCUCCUGGCUCUGAUGGAGAGUCGACAUGACAGUGAGAACGCAGAGCGCAUCCUCAUCAGCCUGCGGCCUCAGGAGCUGGUGGACGUCAUCAAGAAAGCCUACCUGCAGGAAGAGGAGCGGGAGAACUCGGAGGUGAGCCCACGUGAAGUGGGCCACAACAUCUACAUCCUGGCGCUGCAGCUUUCCAGACACAACAAACAGCUGCAACACCUGCUGAAGCCGGUCAAACGCAUCCAGGAGGAGGAGGCCGAGGGCAUUUCUUCCAUGCUCAGCCUCAACAACAAGCAGCUGUCCCAGAUGCUCAAGUCUUCUGCGCCAGCUCAGGAGGAGGAGGAAGACCCGCUGGCCUACUAUGAGAACCACACCUCACAGAUCGAGAUCGUGCGGCAAGACCGAAGCAUGGAGCAGAUCGUGUUCCCGGUGCCCGGCAUCUGCCAGUUCCUGACGGAGGAGACAAAGCACCGGCUCUUUACCACCACUGAGCAGGAUGAACAGGGCAGCAAAGUGAGCGACUUUUUUGACCAGUCCUCCUUCCUGCACAACGAGAUGGAGUGGCAGCGCCGGCUCCGCAGCAUGCCGCUUAUCUACUGGUUCUCCCGCCGCAUGACGCUGUGGGGUAGCAUCUCCUUCAACCUGGCUGUGUUCAUCAACAUCAUCAUCGCCUUCUUCUACCCCUACGUAGAGGGCGCGUCCACAGGCGUGCUGGGCUCCCCGCUCAUCUCACUGCUCUUCUGGAUCCUCAUCUGCUUCUCCAUUGCGGCGCUGUUCACCAAGCGCUACAGUGUCCGCCCCCUCAUCGUGGCUCUCAUCCUGCGCUCCAUCUACUACCUGGGCAUCGGGCCCACGCUCAACAUCCUGGGUGCCCUCAAUCUGACCAACAAGAUCGUGUUUGUGGUGAGCUUCGUGGGUAACCGUGGCACCUUCAUCCGAGGCUACAAGGCCAUGGUCAUGGACAUGGAGUUUCUGUACCAUGUGGGCUACAUCCUGACAAGUGUCCUGGGCCUCUUCGCCCAUGAGCUGUUCUACAGCAUUCUACUCUUUGACCUCAUCUAUCGUGAGGAGACACUGUUCAAUGUCAUCAAGAGUGUGACCCGCAAUGGCCGCUCCAUCCUGCUGACUGCCCUGCUGGCCCUCAUCCUUGUCUACCUCUUCUCUAUCGUGGGCUUCCUCUUCCUCAAGGAUGACUUCAUCCUCGAGGUGGACCGGCUGCCUGGGAACCACUCCAGAGCCAGCCCCCUGGGGAUGCCACAUGGAGCUGCCACGUUUGUGGGCACGUGCAGUAGGGAUGAGAUGGGCUGUGUUUCGGGGGUCUCAGUACCAGAGUUUCUGGAAGAGGAUGGGGAGCUCGAUAGCACAGAGCGGGCCUGCGACACUUUGCUCAUGUGCAUCGUCACUGUCAUGAACCACGGGUUGCGCAACGGCGGUGGCGUGGGCGACAUCCUCCGCAAGCCCUCCAAAGAUGAGUCCCUCUUCCCUGCCCGGGUGGUAUAUGACCUCCUGUUCUUCUUCAUCGUCAUCAUCAUCGUGCUGAACCUCAUCUUCGGGGUGAUCAUCGACACCUUCGCCGAUCUGCGAAGUGAGAAGCAGAAGAAGGAAGAGAUCCUCAAGACCACGUGCUUCAUCUGCGGUCUGGAAAGGGACAAGUUCGACAACAAGACGGUGUCCUUCGAGGAGCACAUCAAGCUGGAGCACAACAUGUGGAACUACCUGUACUUCAUUGUGCUGGUCCGUGUCAAGAACAAGACCGACUACACCGGCCCUGAGAGCUACGUGGCCCAGAUGAUCAAGAACAAGAACCUGGACUGGUUCCCAAGGAUGCGGGCUAUGUCCCUAGUGAGCAAUGAGGGUGAGGGUGAGCAGAAUGAGAUUCGCAUCCUGCAGGAGAAGCUGGGCUCCACCAUGAAGCUGGUAUCACACCUUACCGCCCAGCUCAACGAGCUCAAGGAGCAGAUGACAGAGCAGCGGAAACGCAGGCAACGCCUGGGCUUUGUGGAUGUGCAGAACUGCAUGAGCCGCUGAGGCGAGCCCUUGAAGUCCCAACAGGCCUGCCACUGGGGGCCAAUCGGGAGCAGCACCACCCCUCCUGAAGGGGGCCUGCCAGCCCACCAGCCUCUGACUACUGCCAGCUCGCCACUGCCCCCCACCCCCAGCCAGGUCUGACCAGGUGGGAGCACUUCAGAGUGGACAGCCCUGCCUAGAGCCCAUAAAGUGACUCAGUUUACCUUAGUGCCUUAGAAGAUAGGUCCUUGAGACCGCUGUCCUGCCCUUUGGGCUGCCUCUCAUCUCCAAGCACUACACUUUGGCUGCCACCCACUUUAGGGCGUUGACAGUGUCGCUGUUCCUAGCAACUUAGGGCUUUGUGUUUAACUUAUUCCUGGGGGCUGACCCACUGUGCUGUGGAUGCACAGCUCCCAGUGCCUGCUGGGGACAGUGUGCUGACCUUCCGGCCCUGUCCAUGUGGUCCAACUCAGGAUGGACAGCCUUGUUCCCAGGACCUGCCUCUCUCUGGGCCUCAUGGGCAAGAGUCACAGGCCCAGGGGACAAGGUCUGAGCUGUGUGAAAGUGGCUGUUUUUUGACUUUUUCUCUUUGGUGUAAUGUUUUACAAGUCUUGUGUCCCAAGAACUAAUAUGUUAAUUGCCUUAAAUAAAUUAACAGAAACCUAGUCCAUGAACCAGGUGUAUGCUUCUGU